ACAACAUCAACAUCGACAACAACCACACAAGUUACGAACCACAAACGCAAAAACGAAAGCACUGCGAAAACAUCUCCCAAAGAAAAUCCUCAAAAUGCCUUCCUAUAUCAUAACCGUGAAGCCAGAGACCUCCGACUCGGAACUGCUAAAGAUCAAGGACGACAUCGUCGCCCAAGGGGGUUCUCGUGCGAACUCCCUGUUAACCAGGUUUCCACCUUGGAGACUCAUAGACAUGUGCAGAGCCUGGAGGUUGAUGGCACGGUUACUACUCAGUAGUGGUGCGCUUUUCGGUCCAGACAAUGAAUAAAGGACACACACAUUUCCUACUCCAGAUGGAUAGUCGUCCGCUGUGCAUAAUAAUGUCGUGGGUGAUACCGGUAUGGGGUGGUUUUGCCACUCGGUAGGGGUUGAUUGUUUCACGUCUAUUCUGUGUUCUAUUCUAUUUGAUUUUUCUCUCCUGUCUCUUGCUCUGCGUUGCCCGUAGUGGGCAGGGUACGGGGGGCUUUGGAAUAGGUUUGGGAGGAAGAAUGGAUGGGGCUAUGAUGGGAUGGAUAAUUGGUCUUGUACUGGGUCUGAAAUAGAAAGUUUCGGUGUUGAAUUGAGAGCUGAUAGCCGUGAUGCUGUUGAA